AGGGAGAGAGAGAGAGAGAGAGGGAGAGAGAGAGAGAGAGAGAUACGAGGGUAAAACGGAUCGGACGCGCCGCGCAGGAGACAGCCGCUUUUGGACACGUUUUCGAGGCAGAAGCUGCCCGACUGCAAGAACUGCACGCGGAAAAAUACAAGAAAGAACUUACUUUGCAUCACCUCUGCCGUCCUUUGAUUUGAUCGUGCUGUUGAUUUAAUUUUGGAGCUUUUUGGCGUCUCCAAGUUCUGCCGCCGACGGACGCACCUUCGGGACUUUGACGCAGACGUCUCCCUGGUUUCUUGCUGCUGGACAUGGGCGCAUCCGAGGCCACACAGCGGUAAACGGAGGGCUCGGAGUUGCUGUCCUGCUUUCGUCCUAUCUCUUGCAGAGUGGACCCACUUUUGAAAGCGCGUGUUUUUUUUUUCUGACUGGGCCUAAGGCCGACUUGUUUAAAGGUCCUUUUUUUUGCUUCCGGCAACAGCGAAAGAGACCAAGUCUUCCUCCCUCAGCCCCGCACUCCCUCUCUCACUUUUUUGGAAGCUGAACUUUUAAAGGAAAAUGGGGCAUUGAGAGGGUUGGCAGAUCUCCCCACGCUAUAAUGGCUACUGACACCUACCUGGUGAACGACGAUCCUGCCAGAGGCCCAGGGAUGCCUGAAUGUUUCCUCGUGUCGGAUACAUACAGGGAUGAAUUCCACCCCUUCAUCGAGGCCCUGCUGCCCCAUGUACGCGCCUUUGCCUACACCUGGUUCAACCUGCAGGCCCGUAAGCGCAAAUACUUCAAGAAGCACGAGAAGCGCAUGUCCAAGGAGGAAGAGCGCGCAGUGAAGGAUGAACUGCUGGGGGAGAAGCCAGAGAUCAAGCAGAAGUGGGCCUCGCGCCUGCUGGCCAAGCUUCGCAAGGACAUCCGGCCUGAGUUCCGUGAGGACUUUGUGCUCAGCAUCACGGGGAAAAAGCCCCCCUGCUGCGUGCUGUCCAACCCGGACCAGAAGGGCAAGAUCCGUCGUAUCGACUGCCUGCGCCAGGCUGACAAGGUGUGGCGGCUGGACCUGGUAAUGGUCAUCCUGUUCAAGGGCAGCCCCCUGGAGAGCACAGACGGGGAGCGGCUGGUCAAGUCGCCACAGUGCAGCAACCCUGGCCUGUGUGUCCAGCCGCACCAUAUCGGAGUGUCUGUCAAGGAGUUGGACCUCUACCUGGCCUACUUCGUCCACACGCCAGGUAUGUGACCAAUUUCAUUCUGGACUCUUACAGGGAGGGAUGCCAAG